AUUUAUUUAUUUAUUUAUUUAUUUAUUUUUCUUGAUCUCUCUCUUUAAUGAGAAGAUUUAUAGUUAUUUGAAUUUCUUGGGACAUUUCUAUUAUUCCAGCUACGAGUCUCUCCAGACAUUUUCCUGUCACUAUUGACUACAUAUGUAUUUCUUUAUCACCUCUGUGGUUAGCUUCUCUAAUUAAAUUUUUUAUUAACAAUCUAGUCUCUUCUCCAGAUUGUUUUUCUGUACAUGUCUGUGUACUACUGUCUGUUAGUACUACAUGUGCCACACUAUUCCAUUUUGGAGAACCUCUAAAAAUUCUUAUUGUUCCUGACUGCUCAUAAUGCCCUCUGACUCUGAGGUUUUGCACUGGAUAGCCACUUCCUGUUCAUAGUGACUUCCUAACUUUAUGGCCCACUGCAUGACUGCUAAAGCAACUUUAGAUUCCUGAAAAUUUCCUCUUUGCAAUCCAUCUCAGCUUGGUAACCAUAAAAGUAUCUGACCUGGCUCUAUCUCCUGGACCAAAGUCUCUGCCCUUAAGGUCUUUUUCUCCCAUUCUUUUACCUGGUAGUCUCCCCAGGUGUAGGCUUGAAUUAAGAUAUUACUGGAUUUUCUCUGGGCUUUUUUACCUGCUAUAUUAGGAUGUCCCCUACUACAGUUUUUUCAACUCAGUAGCCCCUCUAGACCCCUCUCUAGGUCUCACGGUUAGCGAUCUCAUUUCCUGGCCCUUCAGUCCUUUCUUUGGACUGGAAUAUGUCCUUCCUCUGUUGCCUCUGCUGUUGUCUUCUUCUAGCACUCUUCCUCUUCUUCACCGAAGUCUUCGUCUGGCUCACCUCAGCUUUAGGUUGCAACAUGCAACAUUCUUCCUUAUUGUUAACCUUAAUUUCAUAAUCAUUCAAGCAUUCAAGCAUAUAUGGCCUUUGCUUAAAAACAAGCAAAUAACAACACUGAAACAGAUUCUACUGGGAAGAUCUUAACCUCUCUGUGGAAUAAUAAGGACUGUGAAAAUUAAUUUUCAAAGAAGAGGAGAAAUCUGAAAUUAUUGUCACCAACAGAACAAAGUCAACAAAGCAACAGCGUUUCACUGAAACAAAUUGUAAGCAAUGGGGAGCAAUCUGUCAGCUCUAAAAGACCGUGGCUACACUCUAGUGAGUGAAAAGGAGAACAAGAUCCUCGUGAAAAAUGAAGGUGGUGAUCAGUUUGUCAUCAAAAAGUUGAGCUCAAACCAGGGAGAAUCAGAAUUCCUCCUCCAGCUCAAUCAUCCACACAUCAUCCAUCACAAAGAAAUUAUCACAGAUUCUGACUGUGCGUAUCUUGUAAUGGAGCACUGUGAGGGUGGAGACCUCGCUAAGAAAAUCAAAAACAAAAAGGAGGGAAACUUUACAUUUUCUGAAAAUGAGAUUCUGGACUGGAUUGUGAAAAUAUGCAUGGCUUUAAAGUACCUGCAUGAUCAAUGGAUCCUGCAUAACAACCUGCUGCCCGAGAGCAUAUUCUUCACUGAAUUUGGAACCAUCCGUCUUGGGGAGUUUGGAGUGAUUCAUCAACGGUUCACUGAAGAGCAAACAUUAGGAAAUAAACCUUCUUCCUAUGUUGCACCUGAGAUUUUGAAUGACAAACCUUAUGAUGAGAAAACUGACAUAUGGAGGUUGGGAUGUGUCAUCUAUGAGCUGUGCAUGCUGAAGUGUGCGUUUCCUGCAGUACUCACAGUUGAGACUGUUAAAAAGAUACUCACAUCCUCCUAUGAAGCUCUUCCUGAGACCUUCUCUGAUGACCUUCGUCAGCUGGUAACAGACACACUUCAGGCUGAUCCAGCGAGCCGUCCGUCUGUCAGUGAGAUCUUGACCAGACCUUUCAUCAUUAAUUAUCUUUGUGAAGAGAACAUGAAAACUAUUAGGACUCUUUAUAGGACACUAGAGGAACUGAGAGCCCUGGCUGAUGAUUUGGAAAGAGUCCAUUUCAACACAACCGUAGGCAGCCUCACGGGAGGUGUUGUAGGAUUGGCUGGAGGAAUCACAUCUAUAGUUGGACUUAUUCUCUCUCCAUUCACUUUUGGAGCGUCUUUGGUAGUAACAGGAGUGGGAAUCGGUACAGCAGUAGCUGGUGGAGUAACAGCUGGUGUGAGCAACAUAACAAACAUGGUUAACCAGCGAACAAACCGACAAAAGAUCAAAAUGAUCAUAAAAGAGUUCCAAGAAAAAAUUAUGUCCACAGUUUGCUGCAUCCAAAACAUCCAAAUAGCAAUGGAAACUUUAGAAAACCAGUUUUCCACAAGCAAGUCAUUUUCCAAUGCGCAAGCUGGGGCAAAUGCUGGAGUUCGAAUUGGCCGAGGACUGGGAGGAAUUCCGGAGAUUCUCCGUGUAAUUCAAGUUGCAAAUGUUGGGAAAGUUGCAGCUCAGGCUGCAAGAGCCGUUCGAGUGGCUGAAGCAGCUACAGGGGUUUUAUCUGCACUUUUUGUUGCGGUUGACGUCUUCUUUGUUUUUCUCGACUCAAGAGAAAUCCACAACAUCCGUCAAGAUUAUGCUUUAAGAGAGAGUCAACGAGAAUCAGAAUCCACCAGCAACCAAUCCACUGGGUCUACUGACCAGACAUCAAAUAACAAUGACGCAACAAAUCUGCUGCCCACAGACACUCAACAAGCUGAAGAGCUGAAGUCCGAGACCAUGAAAUUUGUGACAAAAAUCAAGCAGACAACAGAGGAGCUUCAAGCUAUUUUGGAUACACUACGAGAUGCAUUGCACCCAAACACUGUCAACUAAGAAUUACUGUAUGAGAGGUGGUGGUUUGUAACUCUCAGUAUGUUCUUCAAUCAUAGAUAUAUGUAAUGUAUGUAAUGAUUAUAGAAGUAGCAAAGGUUAUGUGAAGAUAAAAAUAUAUUCUGGGCUUUCAUGAUGAAAUUACUGAAUCAAUAUCACUAGUUUGAGUAACGCUCAGAGAAGAUUUUUAAUAAGCAAUAAAGGAAGCAUUUUAGCUUACUGCACUCAUUUAAUUGUGUUAAGAAUGUAUAUCAAUACUUCUGGCCUUUAUUACCUUGAUGUUUUGGAAAUCAGAAAACAAAAACUUUUCCUGUUUUUCUGUAUGCGAGUGGCUGCUUAAUGUAAUUUUCUUUGACAUAUACUGAAAUAAAUAUAUCACAGAAAUGCAAA